UGACUCUGAGUCAAAGAAAAAGGAAUGACCAUAGCUUUGAGUUGACUCCAUGAAGUAGUACAAAUAAGUCAAAUAAUUAACUUAAGAGGUUGAUUUAUAAACGGGACUAAAGUUGAGGGAUCAAACAAGCAAAACAAAACUAACAGUUUCCAGCAACCAAGCUUCUCUAUCGUUCACUCCCCUCCCCCCUAGGGUUUUUGAUUUUUCUUCUCGGAAACGGACAUCUAGAUUUCAGGAACAGGGCCUUGACAAUCGGAGAGAAAAAUGGGGUCUAAUGAAAGAGAUGAUCAGACGACGACGCAGCAGCAUCACCACCCGCCUCAUAUUAGCAGCCUCGUCGUGCGUCCAUCCGGAGGCGACGACGGAGAAGUUGACCGCCACGCCGCCACCGGCGAGGUCUCCCGAGACCGGCCUUCGUUCCCUCGCUCGGAUCGUCAUAAUGCCGACAACGGACAUAGAACUCGUGAAAGUUCCACCUCACCGCCCCGUCGUCCAUAUGAAGAUCAGAGGCACGGCUCUCAUCUUAAUCAUUCAGGUGCGCGUGGCCGUGAGUUCAGCGGCAGAAGGGAAUCUUCUGGGAGAUACAGAGAGUAUUCACCACCACCCCAUGCUAGAGGUCGUCGUUUUGAUGGGCCUGAACCUGCUCACGGCAUGAACAGAAACAGUAACCCAAAGGUGCAGCCAAGAGAUGGAGAUUGGUAUUGUCUAGAUCCAUUAUGCAGAAACUUGAACUUUGCGAGACGACAAGUGUGUUUCAAGUGCAAGAGGCAUCGCUAUGCACGUCCCAAUAGUCCCCCACCGUCUCGCCAUCUUCUUCCUCUUUCUCCAAGAAGAGACUUUAACGGCUACAGGUCUUCUCCUCCACGUGGCUACCCGCCACCAAGACUUGACCAUCAUCCCACAUGGAGAGACAGAGAACGAGACCGAGACCGUGUGCGUUACUCAGACCUUGAGUACCCUCCUAGCAGAAGAAUAGCAUCUGACUGGGUCCAUCAUCAGCCACUUCCAAACCCUCAUCACUUUGAGAGGCGACCACCUCUCAGUCCACCUCGUGGUGGAAGAUGGAGAGGACAUUCAAGAGAGAGGAGCAGAUCACCUCCAUUGAGAGACGGUCCACUACCACAUCCAAUGAGAGGAAGUCAACCAUUGCAUCCAAUGAGGAGCAGAUCGCCGCCAUUCAGAGACGGUCCACCACCGCUCAGAGAUUACCGCCGUGACAGUUACUUUGAUAGGCGUAGCAGCAGAGACAGGGUGUGAAAUACUUUUAAUGAUGCUGAAUUCUGCAUGUCUUGGGAGUUCGGUUUAGACAGUUAGAAAUUUGCUCUGACACCAUAGAUUCUUUUGUUCCAAUUUUGAAUGUCAGCAAAACAUUUGUGCUGUUUGUGCAUGUCUUAAGAUAUGCAGUUCUCAACUCAGAAUGAAUGCCUAUUGGAUUUGCCAAGCAUGAAGGUCUUUCUUAUUCUU